AUGGAAACGGACGCAAUACCCAUCGGAGUUGUCAUUGUUCAGAUUCGUGCCUCGUCACCAUCGCAAGUUGAGCUGGGACCACCAAGCACGCAGCUGCUAUGUCUAGACAAUGAGGGCCUUAAAGUACUUGAAAAGCAUGAGGAAAGUGAUUUAAUUCCAUCAUUACGUGCUCUUGUUGAAAAGAGCGCUGCCAAAGUGGCUGUGGAACAGGAUGUGCUCGCACUUUGGGCUGCUGGCAUGUAUGAAGGAGCGUUGCACGUUCGUGUCAUGGCUAUACAAGCAGCCACUCUGGCACGCCCACUUCUGUACAACUCACCUCGUAAAGAGAUUCGUUCAUCUGAUACUGCGCACCAAUGGUCCCGGAUACUGCCUUAUAUCUAUACCGAACCAGCCAUGUGGUAUGCAAUCAGUCGAGAUUUGGACUCUGUCGCACAAGGACGGGCAUUUUGGGAGACUGAUCUACUUCAUUGGUCUUUGGCAGAAAUGUAUCGAAAGUUACCAAGUCCGCCACCACUACCGCGUAAUAUGGAUGUGGAUCUUCUUAAUCCUCCGCAGCUGCGUUGUACAUUGUUUUCAUACCAAAAGAAAUCACUCGCCAAGAUCCUGCAACGAGAGCUCUGGCCUCAGACUUAUUGUGAUCCGUAUUUCAUACAAUGCAUGUCCCCUUGCAUGAUUGAUGGACAUGUGCAGACUUAUGCGAUGGAUCCUGAGCGACUUGAAUUCUUCCCGAUACACGCCGCAUCACUAUACCCGGACGUGCGUGGCGGUAUUCUCUGUGAUGAAAUGGGUGUCGGAAAAACCAUUAUUUGCUUGGCACUUGUUCUCAGUACGAUUGACCAAAUGUCUCAGCCUGAGCAGGAGUCGAUGGUAAGCAGUGUAACGAGCAACAUGGCAAUGGAAUUUCCCGAGGAUGAGUAUCACGGCAAAGACCCUGCUGGAUACAUUUUCAGUCGUGUUGUUACAGCGCCCUUUGGUGCGCCUAGUCCUGGUGAACGGCUAGGUCGUAGACCCAAAACGCAUGUGCCGCCGCCUCAAGUCCUAUCGAAGAAUGAUGCAGCAACAACAACGCCGGUUCCAGGCUCUGUAUCUUUGGUCAAAAUAGCCGUGCACCGCCUUCGCACAACGCAUGCAUGUCGGCCAGAUCUUUUAGAUGAGCUCCCGGCUCAGUUGCAACACCUUCUAGGUAAGGCUUCGGCACCUUUCAUCCUGCUAUGGCCUCCUCCGCCCGUGCGCAUGUCGCGGGUGAGUCAUGAACGCACGCCAGUGCGUGUGUAUCUCACACACGCAACGUUGGUCGUCGUGCCGCCGACACUUGUCAUGCAAUGGCUGGACGAAAUCAAUAAACACUGUAUACCUGGAGCAUUGCGUGUACUAUGCAUGGCCGACAUGCACGCAAAGCUGCCUUCAGCUGAGCAGCUUGCUCAAGACUAUGAUCUUAUUCUCAUGUCACAUGUUCGCUUUGGGAAAGAAGCUGGCGAUGAGCAAAGGAUGCGUCUGCACCUGGAUACCUCACCUUUGAUGCAAGUAUAUUGGAAGCGUUUGAUUAUUGACGAGGGCAACAUGCUGGCAGGAGACUCACUUCUGGUGCGAUUGUGCGCAUGUUUGCGUGUGGAACGCCGAUGGGUUGUAACCGGCACGCCCACACAGGCAUUGGUAGGUGCGAGUGCUUUACAAGUGACUGGCACAAAUGCGCGCGCUGCUAUGACAAAGCCGCAUCAGUCUCAAUCGGGGAGCUGGACACUGUCCGAGCGGAAAAAUCUCGACCGACUCAAGCAACUUUUGGUCCGUUUCUUGCGCUUGGCACCGAUAGGUGGAGUACCUGCAAGUAUGAUCUCGGGGGCAAAGACGUCAGGUCCGCCGUCGGCGAAGGAACGCGACUGGAAUACGCUGAUAAUGACAGGAAUGAAUCACGUGGGCGAAUGGCCCGCCAAGCGUCGGCUUUACAAUAUCCUUUCGCGCAUCAUGGUCCGGAAUCGCGUAGAAGAUGUUGAGAAGGAUUGCCCACUUCCUCCGCUGGAACGCCGUACUGUGCUGUUGGCUAUGACAACAACAGAGUGCCUUACGUAUAAUGCGUUGCAAUCCCUUAUCAUGUUGAAUGCCGCCUUGUCGCAAAAACAGGACAGAGACUACUUUUUUCAUGCUAGCAAUAGAAAAGCUCUGGCAUCUGUCAUGGAGAACUUGGCACUUGCCUGCUUUCACUUCGCGGGUCAAGGCUUUUUGGCACAGGCGCAGCACGCACGAGAUCAUGUGCAAGAGCAGCUUGCAAAGCCAGACGGUAUUGCUGAGUCGUUUCGACGUCAGGCAAUAGAAGCAAUGCACCAGCUAGACAAGGCGCUGCACAACGAUGCAUGGACCAAACACAUUUGUCAAAACGACGUCUUGUACCACGCGGAGCAUGCUACGUCCGAUGCGCUGCUGCAUUCGUGGAGCAAGUGUGGCUCACAAUUUCUCACGUCCGAGGAACUAUUGAGUCUGCGUGAAACAUGUCGCAAAGAGGUCUCGCAUGUACUUGACGCCGACGAUUUGUGUGAAGAACUUGUGAAACGUGGUGUGCAAUAUUUACGCCGACAAUCAGGGCGAACAACUCCUAUGACAGCACACCAUCGAGUGCCUAAGCCCAAGUCCGUACCGAAACGUGAAGAUUCGCUUCGCGAAACAUACUCACAGCCGCCGAUCGUGUUGCCUGAUGGAUUCGAUGACGUGCGUGUUCAUACAUCAACUUCCACCAAACUCAACAUGAUGCUGAGUGAAAUCAUUGAUGCUGUUCAAGAUGAGAAAGUGCUCGUUUUUUCGACGCUAGACAAUGUUUUGUAUGAGCUUGCCAAUGCACUAGAGCUUCUCCGAAUUCCUUUUCUUUUCUACGUCUCUGGUAUGCCACAGCAUCUGCGGAAUGCGUACGCAAAUAUGUUUAUGCACAAGUCCAACAUCCGCUGCCUGCUUAUGACAACAUCGGUCGGUGGCCGUGGCUUGGACCUACAUUGCGCGAGCAGAGUGAUUUUUGCCGAACCGGUCUGGCACUGGGACUUGGAAAGCCAGGCGGUGAAACGUGCAUGGCGAAUGGGUCAGACGCGACGAGUAUUGGUAUCGACGUAUGUCAUGCGGCAUACAUUUGAGGAACGUAUUACAGAACGCAAGCAGACUUGCUUUUUUGACAGUGAUGGCAGUGCGUCUGAGCAUAUGCGGCCCUUGACAGAUGAUCCAGGCAUGCGUGAAUUUAUUGCAAACCCGCAACUGGUACACGCAUCCGAAGAUCUACACCGAUCAUCUUGGACACUUCAGUUGUUUGGCACACCAUCAAGCGAUCAUUUUUGCUUGACAUCGCAUCAUAACUCUGUGCUGUUGUCAGACUUGCCUCUGUCAAAACGAGCGAGACAUUUGUAG